CGUCGGUCGUGCAGUCGUGAGUUUUCACUAGGAUCGGACGCGUCGUAAUCGUCGGGUGUCCGUGUGCUGAACAGUUGAAACCACCCUUUUCAAGACGGGGCAUACCCCCCUCCUCAAUCAGAACCCACAUAUGUCAAAAGUUUUCUAGUGUUCUUUUACUAUGUUUGUAGUCAUGAACCGAGUUUAGAGUGUAGUAUGAUACCUGAAAGUUCAUCGGUUUGGCCUAGGGCCCUUCCUUUUCAAUUAGAAUAGGUAAAAUUUUCACUUAUCAGUUAGCCAGUGAGUACGGUUGCGGUGAUCCAUUGCGAAGGGGAUCCAACCAAAGGACUACCUGCAGUUCCUCUGCAGACAGGCAGGCAGGCAAGUGUGACACCCUCUCCCGUUUCCACCAUGAAAAGGAGGACCACCUCAUUCAGAAGUCGGAAUGUCGUCUGUCGUGAAUGAACAUCUGAAGCAGUGAAAUGGUGCAGCAGGUGGAAUCCAGAUACGCAUCCCUUCAUCAGGAUAGUGCUCAGUGAGUUUGAAGUUUUCGGCGGAAAGGAUAAAAACUGACGGCGAUGGUGCUGAUAGUGAUGCAAAAUUUAUGGGGGAAACUGAUGUGAGCUCCCUUUUCCCGGUGUUUUGUGUAGUUUGAUGUCUGUGUGUGUGUCUGUGUGCGCUGUUUCCAUUCUACCUGUUCACGUUGUUCCUUUGGUGACCCAAUUUCCACCGUUCGCGUUCUGUAGUUUAAAGAAAAACAGCAGUUGCGCUUCGAUGAAAAUUCAACUGCAAACAGUGUUGGUCACCACCAGCACAAUGUUAUUUCUCUGCAGUGCGUGAUUUUUCCCUUAAUGAUAGUGCAGAGCCCGAUGUUGCCUCCCACGAUUCCAAUAAAUAGCAAAUGAAAAGGAUGUGAAUUGAUAAAAUCUAGAAUAAUAUCCUGCCACUGCUGGAAGGACGGAUCGGAAGCAGCGCUAGGUACCGUUCAGUCAAGUAAAUGUGAAACGGUGGUUUCGGUAGUGAUGAAAUAAACCGUUCAAAUUCCGACGGAAGCUUCGGUCGAUUUUGCCAAGUGCUGGGAACGUUUUAGGUUAGAAGCUCCGGAAACCGAGCGGCUCCAUUGAGUGAUGUGAAACGGGAUCUGAGCGGGUGGAAGGGGUGUCUGUGUGUGUAUUCGGAACACUUUGGACUUACACACAACGGCUUCGUGAUUCAAAUCGGUAUCCGCUAGCAACGGAAGCCAGUUCCCGGUAACCAAAAGCAAAAUGCCCGGUAUUGUGGUUUUUCGUCGGCGUUGGUCAGUCGGAUCCGACGACCUAGUGGUUCCCGGAUUAUUUCUCUUUAUUAUUCAUCUGAUAUGGCUAAUAGUUCUAGCUGUAGUGACCGGUGUUAUCCAGUAUGACCGUUCGAUUCGAUGUAUCGAGCUGCUAUGGUUCUUCCAGGUCGGUUACCUCGGAAUCCUAGGAUUGUGUGCCCUGCUGGAGCUAGCCAUCUGCAUAGUAUCCAUGCGGGGCAGUAUCCUGGACACGGGACCCCGUGUUAUCAUGCCAUACCUGCUGUACAUACGUAUACUGGUUAUGCUGCUGGAUCUAAGCUGGCUUAUCCUGGGUAUAAUCUGGAUGAAGGACCACUACCUGGACUGUCCGAUCCAGGAGCCCAAGGAAACGAUGCUGGCGGUGAUCAUCUGCAAUCUGCUGGUCAUUUUCAGUAUGUUCACCACCAUCUGGUGCACCUUCGAUCCGGCUGGCCGGUCCUGGGUGAAGAUGAAAAAGUAUCAGCGAUCGAUGCGAGAGUCCGAGUCCCGGUUCAAUUACAAACGAAGUGGCAGCCGGAGUCGAAACUGGCGCCAGCGGAAGGUGAUACGGGCAUACCAGGACAGCUGGGAUCAUCGGUGUCGGUUGUUGUUCUGCUGCAUGGGCAACAGUGACCGGAGCCGAAACUCAUUCACCGAUAUCGCUCGACUGUUGAGUGAUUUCUUCCGUGAUCUAGACGUGGUUCCGUCGGAUGUGGUCGCAGGACUGGUACUGUUGAGAAAGUUUCAGAAACUGGAACGGGAAGCCAUCGUUAGGCAGCGUAAAAAUGGCACCUACGAGUUCCUAUCGGGGGUACCGAUAACCGCCAACACACAGUUCCUGGCUUUAAACGACUCUAAAGACUACGAUCACUUUCAGACUGUGAUUCGCUACAUGUACUUUGCCCAAGGUGCCUACGGUUGGCCUAUGUUCCUAAUGACUCACUCACAAACGGGGGUCUGUCAACUGGGAUCCGAACUGUCCUGCUGUCUGUCCUGUUGUCGGAGAAAAACCGGCGUGGAUGUGGUUGAGGACAACUGCUGUUUCUGCAACUACGCUGCCCUCAAGAAGAUGCUCCAAGUUGGAGAGAUCGAAGUAAUCUACGCAACAUAUCACGUGGAUAUUGGUGAAACGCCCUUUUUUGUUGCGGUCGACUACAGCCAUGGCAAGGUGGUGGUCAGCAUCCGUGGAACACUCAGCAUGAAGGACGUCCUGACGGAUCUGAACGCCGAAGGUGAAUGUUUACCGUUGACUCCGCCGCGCGAGGAUUGGUUGGGUCAUAAAGGGAUGGUGCAGGCUGCGAUCUACAUUAAAAACAAACUGGAAGAAGAGAAUCUCAUUCAACGGGCACUUACCCACAACCCGACCCGUGGUACACAGGACUUUGGGCUAAUUUUGGUAGGACAUUCCCUCGGAGCCGGCACGGCGGCCAUUUUGGCGAUUCUAAUGAAACAGCAGUACGAUGACUUGCACUGCUACAGCUAUUCUCCACCAGGGGGAUUGUUGAGCAUGCCGGCCGUAGAAUACAGCAAAACCUUCAUAACUUCGGUGGUGGUCGGUAAGGACGUGGUCCCCAGAAUCGGUCUUCAUCAGAUGGAGUCCUUACGGGCAGAUCUGAUCAACGCCAUACAGCGGAGUGUCGAUCCUAAGUGGAAAACCAUAGCCUGUUCGGUGAUUUGCUGUUGCUGUGGACCGGAACCAACUUCGGUGACGGAAAUGUCCAACAAGGUGGAAAAUGUCCAACGCUACGAACAGGACCGGAACAGUGCCCGCCAAAGCACUGUGCAUCCCAACGACAACUCAAUUGCGCUUACGCUCCAUCAUCCUCUCUAUCCGCCUGGACGGAUAAUCCACAUCGUCCGGCAUCAUCCCAGCCAGGCAGAUCACAAGUACGAGAAAGGUUGGAGACAAAUGCUCAAGAAGCACGAACCCGUGUACCAGGCGAUCUGGGCCAACAACACCGACUUCGACGAAGUGCUGAUCUCACCGGUGAUGCUGCAAGACCACAUGCCGGACAAGGUCCUAGCGGCACUGAACAAGGUUAUAACCACCGUUGGCCCCCGUAAACCCCAGCGUCAGUCAUCGAAUGCCAACUCAUCCAUUGCUUCGGAUGCCAUCGACGCAUUGCUCCUGGAUGGCCAACAAAUCAAUGCCGCUUCCCUGCCGACCGGUGUUUGUUCUCUCCAGAGCCCUGCGUCACCUACGGUACCGCACAAAAUCUGUCUGGAAACUUCGUUCACUAGUCUACAGUCACCACAGGAACACAACUUGCCCAGUAAACCAUCGUCGAUGGCCGGUAGCAUCCUGGGUGUUCGUAGCCAACUUUCCAGCAUAGUAGAUGACAGCGGUAUCCCGAAAAGCCUCUCGGGGCCGAGUGAAGCUACGACAGUAAUUUUCAAUGAUCCGAACCAACUGCAACAGCAACUACAACCACAACAACCGAGAGCAUCCAGUUCGGCCAGCAAUGCUACCACUGCCCCAAAAAUGGUUAAUUUCAGCGAUUCGCCUACGAACGUGAUACGAUCGGAUGUGCCGGCUAGCUCUCAGACAAAACCGAAUAGUUUAUCGUGGAACGGAGUGCGACAGAAUUCGUUUGAUAUUAAAAAGAUAGAUCUAAUCCAUGACGAUUGGUUCGGGCUAGCCCCGCUGGCAAGUCCGGAAAGUUUAUCGGAACUAUCGAGUAUCAGUUCACGAGCGAGUUUCGGAGCGAACCUAGCCUCCAGUAUCGAUCGCUAUUUGGAGAAAAUAUCGGAAUCCAAAGAAGGAAACACUCGAAAAGGGGAAGGAUCGGAUCCACUGUUGGAAUCACAAUUACACACACCGAAAAUCAUGCGACGUACGCCGAAGGUGAGCGGAAAUUUGUCGAUGUGUGCAGAAGAUAUGAAAACGAUCAACAGUUACAAGCGGAUGGGUAAAAUUUUCAUGCUAAAUCGAGCACCUUCGGAUAGCGAUUCGACGGUAGAUAGCUAUGAGUCGGCUCACAAUGUCAUCGUUUUGGACGGGAAUGGCUUCAUCGGUAUGGAAGAACUCGGCGGUACCGCUGGUAACUCACCAACCAAGGAAAAUUCUAAAUCUGCCGACAAUCUUGACGAUUUGAGCACACGACCAUCGACGGCAGGAGCUACUACAGGCUGUGGUGGUGGUGUUGGAACCAAAAAGACCUCAUUUACCGUAAGUGAUAGUGCAAUACAGCACGAGUGCAUCUCGAAUUGUCCUUCGUGUCCGUGUCGGCGGUCUCCCGGUGGUCCGUGCUGUCAAAAGUUCAAUCAUCGGGAUUGCUACAACUACAAGUACACGUCGUUUAAUAUAUUUAAGUUCAAUAAUAGCCGAGAGAGCGGCGGUAGCACACGAGACAGUAAAACCGCUAGUUCCAGUGAUACGUAUCAUAGCGCCGUGUCCUCGUUGAUGGGCGACCUCGACCACAGCGGUUCCAGUACAAACAAUGUCAUAUCCAGCAGUAGUAGUAGCAGUAGAACAUUACAAAACACCUGCCUCAAACCGGGUGUCCUAGAGUCUCACUUUCCCGUGUAUCCGGAAACAAUCUCCGACGAACGUCUGUCGUUGCUAUCGAACACCAACGAUAGCAGUCCAGUUAGGUUGUCCACCGUUGCGACAAUAAAUAGCCAACGAUUUGCACUGAAAGGUCAGCUCAGCAGUCCCUCCGUCAGCAAGCGUCACAACGAUGACGAUCUGAACUCGUUUACGCGCAACGAAUCGUUACCGUUGCUAGCGAACCUGGUGGAAAAAUCGUCCCCAACCAAGUAUGCUCGUAAAAAACAUUCCGCAGUGUAUCCUAGUGAAUCCGGGCAUCCAAUUGCCACUGCAGGUUUCAGUGCCGGCAGCAGUAGUAUCGGUGGCGGUAGCAUUGCCACCAUCCAUUCAUCCUCGUCGUACUCAUCUGUUGCUUCUUCGCCCAGCCGAAAAGUUACAAAGAACGAAAGCAACGUGUAAACACGGAAACCUCAUUCUCAAUACUCAUUAUACGAACCGAACAAACAAACAAACCUAUCUAGUCUACUGUCAUUUUCUUGUUCCCCUUCUUCUAAACCGUACUCAUAAGUAUAAUUCCUUCCUUGCAUUCCUAGCAGUCCACUAAACAAUCUUCGUAUAAGGUAGCCUUGACAAGUUGUGAAAAUUCAGUUCUAGUCAGCUUUAACCAACUCAACCACAUACAAUGGAUUAGUAGGAAAUUGAAAGAAUGUGCCAAAAUACAACACAAAACGGCAUUUACUCGCUAUGUUAGACAGUAGGGGAAUCAGAAAAAGUCAAUUUUACUAUACACGACAGUACCAUACCGGAAUACCGAAGAUUGUAAGGCUUCGAACAAUUGCAAAAUGAUAAAUAUACUAUUUCUAGAUAACUAUAGCAAAUAUACAAGAUUUCAAUUUAAAGAGAAUUGGAUAUUAUUAUAGUGGAUAGAAGUACUAAAUUAACAUAAGAAAGAAAGUUUAGAAUUUUUACAUUCAAUUUCAAUUUUUAAUAUUUGUUACUGAACAUAGAAUACAGCUGGCAAUACAAGUUUAAGCAGAAUAAACUGUUAGUAAAUGGUCUAAAGAUUCUAAAUUUUGUACAUACAAACUUUCCUGCUUUAAAAUUCACUAGAAAAAAUGAAACAAAAAAAAACGUACAGCAGGAAUGUUUACUCAAAAGACAUGGAAACAAUAACGAACAAAGAACAUAAAGUACCGAGCAGAGCAAACACAAAUGAAAGCUGUCAACCUAAACUUGGAAUGAACUUUUCUGCAUUUACUACCGCAGUAAAACAAAACACUAAACCAUACUAGAGAAACUGAACGUUUCAGAUUCGUUUAACUAUCGGAAAAUAAUCUAAAAUCUAACAUGUGAAAUGAUAAACUAAAGAAAUCUAUAAAAUCCAGUCACAUUAAACGAAAUGUAAGAAGCAUUAUUACUAUUUAGAGAAUAUAUUUGUUAGUUGAUUGAACAGAAAAUGUGGAAUAAAU